AUGGCCUUGAAGGAUUAGGCUUUUCUAGCUCUCCCCUGUGCUACCGCACUCAUCUCGGAUCCUCCUCCUCCUUUGCCCUUUUCCAUCUUAAUUCCGUUUCCCCGGCAUUGCCCAACUGUCCGGAUACGUUUCCCUCGGUGAGUGCUAGAAUUGGAUGAAACCUCUUCCGUUUUCUACUUACACGAGCUCGUGGCACCUCCGAUUUGUAUAUUUCUUCCUGAAAAUUAUCCUCUUCUUUUCCUAUCAAUUCUUCGAUUCUGUUUUACUGCUCGUUCCUUCAUUUUCUUUUCCUCUUUCUGAUUCUGAGCGAAUAUUUUUACAGUCUCUGGACUGCAGGUCUCCUACAAAUGAAUUUUUAGUUGUUUCGUAUCUUUCAUUCUUGAGUGUUCUUGCUUUAUUAAAAAGCCUGCUGCUCUUAGUGGCAGCAUAAGCUAGCCAGGGGUCACCGCGACAAAAUCCAACAGUUCAUGAUGAUAACUGGAGCCGGGUAAUUUCCCUUGACAAUCGAGCUAUAUGUCCUCUUGAAUACCAUGCCAGUAUUUAUGGUUCGCACUUUCUCAUGCAUCACCAAAUUUUCUGCGUAGAUUUAGUUCAUCUCUGAUUAUUUUUUUUGCUCAAUAUAUAGAUAAUUUAUGUUAAAAUAAAGUCCUUGGAAUUAUACCUGGGCUUUCUUAAGUUUUAUGAGUUCGGUUUUAGAAUAUGCAUGCAUGUUUUAUCACUUUUCCAGUGUUACUUCUGCAAAGCUCAUAGAUCAUGUUGUUCAUGGAUACAGCGACAAAGUUGCUCUUCAAGCAUUGAAGGCUAGUGAUUGGCAUCUGGAUGGUGCCUUGGAUAUUUUUUAUAGUCACCCACAAAUUAGGGGAGUGAUCGACUCUAGGCGCCUUGAGGAGCUCUAUCAGCGCUACAAAGGCAAGUAUUAUAUGCUUAUUGAUUGCUUUUUUACUGCCUCAUUUUAUUUUAUUUUAUUUUAUGUUAACCGCUUUCUUUUAAUGGUAUUAAAUAAUUCCUUAGAAUUAGUAUAUGUCAAUAAUGAGUGUUCGUCGUGUGUGUGUAUAUUUAUCAUUUCAAUUGUCUUUUGAUUCAUCUAACUUGAAUUCGAAGCUCUUUUGUUCGAUUGACUUUAAUGUCCCCAAACUUUCAUAUCAAAAGAGAAACCUCUGCAAGAAGUAAUGCAAUUUUGUUCGAUUGACUUGAAUUCGAAGCUCUUUUGUUCGAUUGAUUUUAAUGUCAUCUUUUUCACCAGCUUCCAUCGAUUUAAUGAUCUUUCCAUUAUUUGCCACUUUCUGACGUACCCUUACUACUCCCUUUAAUGGUUCUUCAUUUUUCUAGUGAUGCUUCAGCAUCAUUUCAUACAGUUUAGCCUGAAAUUGUGUUCUAUUUUCCUGUUUAUGCAUGGGGCUAGGUUAUUUUGCGUGAGUCUUAAUGGCUCCUCUCUUUCAUUUAAGUGUCAAUUUCUGCUACAGACACCAUUCACCGUGUCGUAUUUAUCUUCUUCCCUCAUAGAGUUAAUGUUUCUACUAAAUAUAUUUGCAGAUCCCUGAGGGAAUAUGAUUAUGGUAGAAUUAAUGUUUCUACUACAGAGAAUUAAUGUUUUUACUGCAUAUAUUUGCAGACCCUUACGGGGAUAUGAUCAUGGUAGAUGGCAUCACGCAAUUGUGUAGUGAUAUGCAGGUAAACUGUUGCUGGGCAAAUAAAACCAGUUUUGUGCAUGCUAUGUUCAUUACUUUAGAGCAUAAGAAUCUUUUUAUGUUUUUCUUUUCAGUUCUUUCGUGUGAUGGUAGAUGGCCGAUGCCUAUUAUUUUCUAUGAAGAUUUUAAGUCUUACCUUCUUCAUUAGUUUCAGCAAGAUGGCGUCCUUUGGUCUUCACCUGAUUAUUAAUAAUAUCUGCUGAGGAGUAAGGAAGUCGCAGGCACCAUUGAUUUUAUCAUGCAAUAAGGAGAGGUUGUGCAUCUGGAGGAAAACAGGGUCAAUGCACCUGAUCAUGUUUAUAGCAUAUCAUAUCCAACGUAUCACAUACUGUUGGCUUUUGUUCCUUCAAUUUAGUCAUGAAUAUUCAACGUACAAUUCUAUUAAAAAAAAUAUUAAACUCACAUCAUUUUUUGGGAGCAAAACGCAAUAAUAAUCCAAAGUAAAUAGUCAUCCGUUAUAUUUCAUGUAGAACUUUGGCAAUCUUGAGCAUAAAUGAAAGUAACUGCUGAAAAAGGUGUCAAUCUCCCAAACCACCCUGUCAGAUACGGUCCCAUCUCCUAACCAAUGCGCAGGAGAUAACUCAAACUGUUUAUUUUGAUCGAUAUGUUUUCAUAAAAUGCAGGAAGAGAACAUUAUCGAUCAUUCAACAUGAAAGAAGUACCAUUUUUCUGCAUAAAAAAUCCCAACCCCAUUUUCAUUACGAAUUGUGUGAAGUGGCGUUAUUGCUUGACAUUUAUUUAUUAUUAUGUAUCAUCUAUUGUAUAAUUCUGAUCCUUGUUGCCUUGUUUUCUCUCUCCUCAGGUGGAUCCUCAGGAUAUUGUUAUGGUACGUGCAUGUUAAAUUCCUAUGAGACUUUACUUCAAUCCUUUCUUUUUCUUUUUUUCUUAUGUGGCAAAGUGUAGUGGUACACAGGCUUUGUAUGAACACAUCAUUGGAAUUAUUGCUGAUAAAGAAGGUGAAUUGGGGAAAUCGGCCAUAGUUGUUGCAACCUUGCUUUUGAUGUUUGGUUUCAGUUUUUGUUACUUCCCCAGAUCUUGGGCUAGAUUUGGAGAGAUCUGAAACCUUACAGCGAUCACCACACUGACUUGUGUCUUCCACUGUUACCUAAUAUGUCUUGUGUCUUCUCUGAAGUAGAGGUGAUUCCAUCUAUAGAAUUUAGUUUAGGGUUCUUCCCACCAUGAAGAAAAUGCCUGACAAUAAUAUGCCUAAAAUAUGUUUUAGUGAUGUAAUUUUGAAAUGUACGUCAAGAGUUUCAGCUUCAAUGAAAGCAGCAUCCGAUACAUUCAUGUAGUUGACUGAGCAUUUGAUCCUAACAACAGAUUGAGUUCUGCUCUGUGUUUCACAUUUCAUCACCAUCCAUUCAGGAGACUCCCUUGAUCUGAUUGGUCUUGAAUUUUUUUUAAUGGCAUAUGAAGCAUCUGUAUUAAAUAAUAAAAAUAGUUUGUAAUUUAUAUCAUACAUCCAGAUGCCCUGAAUUACCCAUUAAAGCUUGCCGCUAAAAUGGAUAAGCAUAAUGCCGAGUAAGGAGGGGGAGAGAGAGAGAGUCAUAAGAAAGAAGAGAGGGAAGAUCUGAUGGGAGGAGCUAGUUGGGGGAAGAACUUUAUGAAUAUCAAUCUACUGCUAUUAGGCCCAGGAGAGGGAAAGGAGGUCUUCAAUCCCGAGGGCCUCUCACCAGACAACUACACCGAGAGAAGCUUAGAUCAUCCUGAUCAUCAUCUCCAUGGCAUCUCAUGUGCACAACAUCAACCUACUGGUAAUGAACAUAUUGGAAGCUUCAUUGCUUUUCAGAUGGUAUCACCGGAUCUAUCAAAAUUGUGAUUUUUCUUGGAAAAUAUUUGAUUAAAACAAAAAACUCUUAUAGAAUAUUUCUUUGGCCUGAAAGAGUCCUGAAAAUUUUCUAGUCAAAGAAUCCUUCAGAUUUCUGUUCUUGCUUGGAGAUCAAGGCGGGGGUUAAGAAAAACCCAAAGCCCCCACCAUUAAAGGAUGUACUAAGCUUCAUCAAACUAUGAGCUAAUGUGCUUGUGAAUGAUGAACAGCUCGUUCUGUCCUGGCAUAUGAAGGCUGCUACAAUGUGUGAAUAUUCCCGGGAGGAGUUCAUCGGUGGCCUGCAGUCCCUCGGGUGAUAAUUCAGAACAUCAUGUUCUUCCACUUUCAUCUUUCUCACCGGCUGCUCAUUGGUGGGGGGUUGGGGUCUCCCAUACAUCUGAAAGCUGGUGGUCUGAUGGCAGGGUUGACUCACUGGAGAAGCUGCAAGAGAAAAUUCCGGCGUUGAGGACGGAGCUGAAGGACGAACGUAUGUGUACAUCUUGAAAUGAUACUCUGCAAAUUAUUGUGCUGCGGAGCGAUCUUGAGCUCACAAAAGCAUAAUGUUCAGAGAGAUCCAUGUUUUUGUUCAGGAUCUCUCUACCCUUUGACUGUCCAGCAACAAGAUGGGUUCAUAUUUAUUUUAUUUUUUUUCCAGAGAAAUUUCGUGAGAUUUACAAUUUCGCAUUCGGGUGGGCAAAGGAAAAGGUAUGAUAAUUAGUUUUUAUUUCUUUUUUCAGGAUAUUGGGCCGCUGUUCUUUUAGCUUCAUUUUGCAAGAUCAUGGCAGAAUGAAGAACUGAUGAAUUCUGGAAAAUAAAAUAAAGAGAUGAAGAACUAAUUUAUGGGCAAAAAAGAAAACCGCCUUUUAAUAUGCUUAUUCAUUUAUUUCUUUAAUCAUAUCGUUGACUGCUCACUGAAUGAAUUAUAUGCCUGAGGGCGACUUCUUUUUAUCUGGUAAUUAUUUUAUCCGAGAAAAAAAAUGUGGGCUAUAAUUGUUUGGAUUUUAGUUGACUCUCUCUCUCUCUCUCUCUCUCUCUCUCUCUCUCUCUCUCUCUCUUUCUCUCUCUCUCUCUCUCUCUCUCUCUCUCUCUCUCUCUCUGUAAAUUCAGGGCCAAAAGUCUCUGGCCUUGGACACGGCCAUCGGUAUGUGGCAGCUUCUGUUCGCGGAGAAGAACUGGCCUCUGGUGGACGAAUGGUGCCAGUUCCUGCAGGUCAAACCAGAACCACAGAGCACCACCUUCUCCCCUCCCUGAGAGACCCCCUGAUUUCUUCCUCCAGAUGAGAUGUUGCCCUGAUUAGGGUUCGUUCUUCCUGUUCUGCCCGUUCUUCCCCAAUUCAGGUCCGGCACAACAAGGCGAUCUCGAGGGACACCUGGUCUCAGCUGCUGGAGUUCGCCAAGGUAAGGAACAGAGAGAGAAAGUCGGCAUCUCUAGAGAGAGAGAAGAGAGAGAGCUAGCUAACAGCGGUGGCCUGUUUGGUUUCUGCAGACGGUGGAUCCUUCGCUGACCAACUACGACCCGGAGGGCGCAUGGCCGUACCUCAUCGACGAGUUCGUGGAGCACGCCACCCAGAACGUCCUUGCCCCGCGCCGUUGA